CAGAGUCCAUGCUUGACUCAUCUCUCACUUUACCAGGGCUAAGAUCUCAGCUUUAUUAAAAAAAAAAAAAAAAAACCAAGACUUUAGCCUCCAAACAACAGAGAAGCACCCAGCCCCAAAGCAACAGGGAGACAGACAGCUUCUCUUUUCCAUCCAUCUGCCAUGGAGUACCUGUCAGCCUUCAACCCCAAUGGCCUGCUAAGGUCAGUAUCCACUAUGAGCUCUGAGUUAAGCCGUAGGGUCUGGAACUCAGCUCCUCCACCUCAGCGACCCUUCCGUGUCUGUGAUCACAAGCGGACAGUCCGGAAAGGAGUGACAGCUGCCACCCGCCAGGAACUGCUAGAUAAGGUACUGGAGACCUUGCUGCUAAGUGGAGUGCUAACACUAGUCCUGGAGGAGGAUGGGACUGCUGUGGACAGUGAGGACUUCUUCCAGCUGCUGGAGGAUGACACGUGCUUGAUGGUGCUACAGCAGGGCCAGAGCUGGAGCCCCAAGAGUGGGAUGUUGUCAUACGGCCUAGGACGGGAGAAGCCAAAACACAGCAAGGACAUCGCCCGCAUCACCUUCGAUGUGUACAAGCAAAAUCCUCGAGACCUCUUCGGCAGCCUCAACGUGAAAGCUACAUUCUACGGGCUCUACUCCAUGAGCUGUGAUUUUCAAGGAGUUGGCCCUAAAAAAGUACUCAGGGAGCUCCUUCGCUGGACUUCCUCACUGCUGCAAGGCCUGGGCCACAUACUGCUGGGGAUCUCAUCGACCCUUCGCCAUGUGGUGGAGGGGGCUGACGGAUGGCAGUGGCACCGGCAGCGUCACCUCCAUUCAUGAGAUCGUGCUUGAGCCUGUGCUGGAAAACUGGUUCCAUAUGACACGUGAGGGUACUAAAGGGCACCAUCAGGGUUGGGAUCUGCAGUGUACCCUAGGUAACCAGGCUGACUCCAUCUUAACACAGCAGCUCAGUGCCUUGGUCCUCUAGCCUGUGCAUCUUCCUGAAGAAUUCUACCUGCCUCCCACAACCCUGCAGAACCACCACCUUGUCCCCUGGCAUCCUGAUCGCACUGUAACUGCUGCUUCAUCUGGGUCUUACUGACGCCCAUUCCUAAGAUCCUGCAUACCAACAACAACUGUCCCUAGCUUUACCUCAAGAUACCUUUCCCCUAAAAAAUAAAAAUAUUUCCAAGA